UGCCUACCCGUCUUGGUAGAAAACUCUUUUCUCUUGCGGGGGCAGUGCGAUUUGUUCUUGCACCGCUAUUGUCGUUCAUCAAGUUGUUUCGGAAGUCGCUUGAUAUCGGUCUACAUUGUAGAGAGCGAAAAGCGUACGAGAGUUGAAGCCAAAAUCGAAGUAGUAGCAUUCAGUAGGGUAGUACAUCUUCAAGGAACUGGAACUGGGGGGUGAGGAAUCAUAGUGGGGGAAAAACAAAAACAAAAUAAAGUAGCAGGCUUAUCCGCUUCAAAAAACUGACGCCAAUUAUUCUAUCGUAUUCGCAUUUGGUACGCUGAUUUUGUCCUCCUUUCUUUGUUUCGUUUCCGUCAGACACAAUGAAUUGUAGCGACAAGCGUCAGCGCAGAUCAAGUUCAAGGUUGACACCAGCAAACUACAAGCACGCAAAGGGGCAGGUUGCGAUCCUGAGCACUACUUUAUGAUAUGUAUGCCUAUGCAAAACAAAGUAGAAAUCUUAAAUGCAGAGGCGAGGAACGCAUUGGUUGGGUGUGAAAUAAUCUGGUUGAGCGCGACGAGAGAAAUAACAGAGACACCCGAGGAUGACGAGUGGGAAAGGCGAAAAAUUCCGGUUUCCGGGCGAGGAAAGUGGCAAUUCCUCUUCCUCCUCUACCGCAAGGUUAGGAGUAGUACCUCGGGACGAGCAGACCCGGGCACGACCAGUUGGCCAACAGUCCACGACGACACCGCCGGUAUUUUCUUUUCCGGAUGAAGCACCACCGGAAGAAAGCACGGAGAAUUCGUCGGCACAGACUGUGAAUAACACCUCCAUGUUCGCAUUCCCGGGGGACGUCGCACGGGGCGAAGCGGCGAGAGCGCGCGGCGCGCCUCGCCCGGAAGGGGAACGACAGGUGCAACAACAGAGUCGGCCGGUCGUGGUGGAAGCCGGGCAGGACCCGGACCCAUUUGAUAACGAGUCCUCGCAAGCCGUGCUGAAGAGUAGGACAAGUAAACCGCUGCAGAUGGAUUUCCAAUUUCCCGACGAUGUUGCAGCUGCUACGCCGUCUGAUGUUGCGGGGCCGAGGACGCCAAGAGAGGACGUCGCGGACGAGGUACGGAAAAACGGCACUGCAGCAGCCGGAACGACAGGGACGGUUGUUCCAGGAUUACAGCUGGGGGAAAUCAGACGCGGCCAGAACCAGGAAGAGAAAAAGGUGAAGGAAGUCAUCACCUCCGCCUCCAAAAGUAGAUCCUCUAGAGGACCCUCGUCGGGGGGCACGCAGAGCGGAGCGCCGGGGGGCAAGAACGGCAAGGCCCUUGAUACCGAGUCCAGUUUUGCAGCGCAAGCGGGACGAAGGAGAAGCGGUAUUUAUUCCGGGGCGGGCAACAAGGGAAACGAGGAUGAACGGCUGUGGUCUCGUGGUGCAGGAGAGGCUACUGAUAUCGGGCAGCCACCGCCGCCAAAGAAGAUGGACCCGGGGAGCAGGGUCGAAGGCUGCGACCCCGGAGCGGAGCCGCGGGACGAUAGUACUACGAAGCUGCGGGCGACCACGCGCGCUGUCGUCGGGCGCCGGGAGAUGUUCAAUUUCGGGUAGUACGAGGUGCAAAUGACAUCAGCAGCUGAUAAUAAAAUGCUACGAAGUCGUGAUCGUGAUGUCAAAUCUACUGUAAACGAGGAGAAGAAGUUGUGUAAAGGCAUAAUCUGGUAACCAAAGUUGUAUACAUAGCCAUAAAAUAUUGUGAGAUCUUUCAUCAAGGAUACUGCAUUAACAUUGGAAGCAACGGUGUCGCUAAUGCUACUUUUGCACGCCAUAGCUCCACAACGGACCCAGCCCCAGAAGAAGAGUCGCUUUUCUGGUGCUUCGACAGAGAGGACGAAGACGAGGACGCGAAGUCGCCCGCAGACCUGGAAGCGGAAAAUCAGGCGGCUGCGAAACUUAUCAACUGUAAAAAUGUCUGGGUCUGGAAACUUGUGAUGCUGGGUGGCGUAUCAUGAGGAGGCCACAAGUGCUCGCUCAGCAUGACAAGUUUCUGAGCUUCUAGAUGUUGCCUAUUCUGCAUGACAAACUGCGUUUCUACAUGACAGAAAAAUGGCGCUCUUGGGUAACGUGCAUGACAGAUUUGAGAGUCAUGCCAGACAAGCAUGACAAACAUGCACUCUUCCAGACCCAGACACUUUUACACUUGAUAAAACUGGAGCGACCGAUUUUGUGUCGGAACGACGACACGGAGUUUGGAUUUUGGGGCUGCGAAUAUCAAACGUAAAAAUGUCUGGGUCUGGAAGAUUGCAACUUGUGAUGCUGCAUUUGGAUUCCAAAAAAAUCUGUAUUGCACGAGUACCAAAGGAAAUGCAAUUUUUGCUACGCUGAGAAGGCAUUUGUCAUUGGGAAUACGCAUCAAGAAGCUUUCAAAAAAUCUGUAUUGCUAGGGUAUGCAUCACAGACAUCGUGGCUCAUGCAAAACGUGCAUGACAAGUGUCAGAAUCUUCCAGACCCAGACAUUUUUACAGUUGAUAGCGAAAAGACGAGGCCGAUUCCACAGUGCAACUGCACUGCACUAUUCUGCGGGCCCUGUAUCAUCUGCAACUACGAGGGGUGUACAUUGAAGAGCUAUGUCAGCUGGGCGCUCGGCGUCGUCUUUGGAGCGUAUUUCUAAAUUGUAAUUGAUUUGAUGAAAAGUACUUGCAGUUCGUCUUCUUUAACGACCAAUCGAGUUGUAGCAUAUGCAAGCAAAUAGAAAUACUGAAACUGUAACCCAACAGGUGGAUCCUGGUGGGCCUCUACGCGUGCAUGUGUUACAAGCCGCCGAUUUUGGGGAAGCAUUAUUUUCGCACCACGCCGGCUGUCAUCGGCGCGCCGAAGAAACUUCGCGUGUACCCCCGCAGAACACCAAGAGAGGCACGGAUCGGUGAGAUCGUGUCGAUUUUUUGAAGAGUUCGCCUGACUAAAACAGAUGAAGGAACGACAAUCCAGAUUAAAUAGAAGCACUGACUGGUGAAAAAACAAAAUUCAAUCAGGUACACUACCUGAGUAUGGGGCUCUCCAGAGAGCCAAAGCAGUAUCAUGACGCUGGGACCGAGUGUGCAAACGAGAAGUAAUUCACCGUUGCGCAGGAGAGCUGCACACGACAAAGUACGUUGACAGGCGAAUCCAAAUGUUUAUGUUGGCAGAUUGUAGUUGUACAUCUACAUUCUCUUGCUUCACAGGGAUCAUACAUUCUUUCAGGUCAAAGACUAAGACAGCUUUGUGAUUCCGACUUCCAAGCGGCCGCGUUUCAAAAACGUCGAUCGAAUUCCCUCAGAAAUUUGAAGUGCAAUAUCAAUUUCGAUUUUGUAGCUGUAAUUCCUGCUGCAACC